AUGCCUUCAACUCGAGACGGCUACCUCUGGACUCCAUCCGGGGAGACGAUCGGUCUAAAAACAUACGACGUAAUUGUAAUCGGAAGCGGCUUCGCCGGUCUCAUUGCCGCGCGCAACCUUAGCCGUGACUCUAGCACUCGAGUUCUUCUCUUGGAAGGCCGAGAUCGCAUAGGAGGAAGGACUUGGACAGCCAAUGCGCUAGGAGAGGACUUUGAGAUGGGCGGGACAUGGGUACACUGGAAAGUCUUUUCAAGGCACCAACCCCACGUCUUUACAGAAAUCCAUCGAUACGGCCUACAAUCCAACCUGAAGACGUCUUCAGGCACAGCUGCCGUGGAACACACACUCUACACACCACAAGAUUCGAGGCCUGCGCUGGUCGAUACUCUUGCCACCAACAUAGCCGUCCAAAAUGUCGCGGAUGCGUUUUUCUCCAUCGACGGUCUGUCCAGCCGCAAGUUGAUGCCUUAUCCCCACGACCCAUUCCGCCUUCCUGCGCUCUGGACAAAGUACGAUCAUCUCUCCGCCAAAGACCGUCUGGAUCAACUCGACGUUAGCCAACGCGACAAGGACCUCUUCGACGCCAUGAUCAGUUCUUUUGGCGCGGCCCCCGGCAGCGAGUGCGGUUUCACUGAAGUUCUGCGGUGGUAUGCUCUGGGAGGCCACUCUAUGGCCGGAACGUUUGAGCUUGCUGGGAUGUACAAGCUCGGUGGAGGCGGGAUGACUUCGCUGGCCCGAGCGAUUCUGGAUGACUACCGCGGACAUGUGGUGUUAAACGCCGUGGUUGAGAAGGUAGAGCAGCAGGGAUCGACUGUUGUGGUGUCUACGAAGAAUGGACGUCGGUUCGAGGCCCAGUAUUGUAUCUCAACUAUUCCCCUGAACUGUCUGUCAGACGUGUCCUUCUCCCCCCCGCUCUCACCACUCAGACUGGAAGCCGUUCGGGCAGGUCACAUCAAUAAGGGAAGCAAGGUUCAUUUCCGGCUUGCGAAGCCUGAACCGGGAUGGUUCUCCAUGGCGAAUGGAUAUGGGACCUCACCUUGGUGUUUUGCAUUCUCAGACCACAACGGCACCACUGACCAAGCAGACUCUGGCAACUUUUGCAUCGGGUUUGGCUAUGGCGCGCGUCAUAUCGACACGAAGGCGUCUACUGAGAUGAUCACGACUUUUCGAAAUAACAUCAGACCUGAAGCUGAGGUAACAGCUUACCUCACCCACGAUUGGGCCAACGACGGCCUUGCCAAAGGGACUUGGAGUUGCUGGGGACCUAAUUCAAUGAGCAAGUGGCUUAAGGAGCUCCAAAGACCAGAGGGAAGGGUUCACUUCGCGAGCGCCGAUUGGGCCGAUGGAUGGCGAGGGUUCAUUGACGGGGCAAUUGAGAGAGGGACUACCGUAGGACGGGAAAUUGAGGUGUUGCUUGCGGGAGAUAAUGCCAUUGCUAAGCUGUAG